GAACAAUCAGUUAGAAAUUCGAAGAUGCAGCUUUUUACACAAGCCCUCAUUCUGGCCGUGGCUCUUGUCAGCGUCAGUGCUGUUCCCAACUUUGGUGGUGAUUUGAGCCUUUUCCGUAUGGUUAUGGGAGAGGCUGAGUCCCGGGUCCUGACUCCCGCUGCCCAGACCUGUGCCAACAACUACCUGAACGCCACCCAGAAGAACGGAGACAAGCUGGCCAAUGCCACCAACCUCUGUGAGGAGGCCGCCAAUCGCACCACCGUGGCCAACAGGCAGCAAAGCAAUGCCACAGUAACCCUGAUCCGCACCCAGCUUCUUAAUCUGGAGAAGAACCUGGAGCUGUGCCGCAACGAGACCGAUUCUGCAAGGUUCCUCAACUGCACCACUGCCACUUUCGAUAAGAACCUUCAGCUCUUGGACACCUCCAACUCCCAGGCUUACCAAACUCAGACCCUGUUUGUGGCCAACACCACCCAGGUGGCUGCUGCCAGGACCAACUGCAUCAGUGCUGCCGUUAGCGAGGCCAAGGUGGCUGCCAUUCAAUCUGCCAAUGAUUAUGACAGCUGUGUGGCUAAAACCCAGGCCCAGCGAGACAUUCCUCAUGAAGAAAUUAGGCCUGUUCAGGAGGAGGUUUUCCAGCAGCCCAUCCAGCAUAUCCAGGAGGAGCCUAUCCAGGAAGAGCCGAUUCCCCAGCAGCAGACCGUUUUCUAGAAAGAAAAUUAUAAUGAAAUAAAA